GAGAAAUUGGUAUAGCAUCUCUGAGCAGUGGACUGACUGGGUGACAGGGACCAUACAAUGCGUUGAAAAGUAUCUCACAUAUACCUCUUUAUUAGCGAUGCCUUCCUUAUAGCUAUGGACAUUCGGAUUGUUAAAGGGUGGACUGUCUCAUUAUUCUCGUUGGAGACCCGGACUGUUUGUCAAUGAGAUAUGUGGAGUCGCUCUAUCCAUCGGUAUUAACGCAGAAAAUACAAGAUGAAGAAGCAAUUUAAUCGAAUGCGACAGCUCGCCAACCAAACAGUGGGCAGAGCUGAAAAAACUGAAGUAUUAAGUGAAGAUCUGCUACAGGUGGAGAAGCGGCUGGAGCUGGUCAAACAGGUGUCCCACAGCACCCACAAGAAGCUGACUGCCUGUCUGCAGGGCCAACAGGGGGUGGAUGUGGAGAAAAGGUCUGUCAGAUCGCCCUCGAAAAAGCUGCCCCUUACAACGCUAGCGCAAUGCCUGGUGGAGGGAGCUGCAGUGUUGGGCGAUGACUCACUAUUGGGGAAGAUGCUAAAACUGUGUGGCGAGACACAGGAGAAGAUGGCUCAAGAGCUCAUCCUGUUUGAGUUCACCAUUGACAGAGACGUGGUGGACCCCCUGUACGAACUAGCCGAGGUGGAAAUCCCCAACAUCCAGAAACAAAGGAAACAAUUAGCAAAACUGGUUCUGGACAUGGAUUCGGCACGCACAAGGUUCCACCAGUCCUCCAAAUCGGGUAUGUCCAGCAACGUGCAGCCAGGGGCCAAGGGCGAGCACCUCAGGGAAGAGAUGGAAGAGGCAGCCAAUCGAAUGGAGAUCUGUCGAGAUCAAUUAUCAGCAGACAUGUACAAUUUUGUGGCCAAAGAAAUCGACUAUGCAAGCUACUUUCAGGCAUUGAUAGAGGUGCAGGCACAGUACCACAGGAAGUCGUUAGAGCUCCUCCAGAAUAUUCUGCCUCAGAUUAAAGCCCACCAGGAGACCUGGGUGGAGAAGCCGUGCUAUGGGAAACCCUUAGAGGAGCACCUAGCCCUCAGCGGACGGGACAUUGCCUUUCCUAUUGAAGCCUGUGUCACCAUGCUGCUGGAGUGUGGCAUGCAGGAAGAGGGCCUGUUCAGAGUAGCGCCGUCUGCGUCCAAACUGAAGAAGCUCAAGGCGUCUCUCGACUGUGGGGUUAUGGACGUUCAGGAGUAUUCUGUAGACCCUCACGCCAUCGCAGGUGCUUUGAAAUCCUACCUACGGGAACUCCCUGAGCCACUGAUGACCUUUGAACUUUACGACGAAUGGAUUCAAGCUUCCAACAUUCAAGACCAGGACAAGAGACUCCAAGCCCUCCUCACAGCCUGCGAGAAACUACCCCUGGCCAACGGCAACAACUUCAAGUAUUUAGUCAAGUUCCUCGCCAAAUUGGAUGACUACCAGGACGAAAAUAAAAUGACCCCUGGGAAUAUUGCAAUUGUCUUAGGCCCCAACCUGCUGUGGACAACACAGGAAGGGAACAUUACAGAGAUGAUGACCACUGUGUCCCUGCAGAUCGUAGGCAUCAUUGAGCCCAUCAUCCAGCACGCUGACUGGUUCUUCCCUGGAGAGAUUGAGUUUAAUGUCACAGGAAACUAUGGCAGCCCGGUCCACACCAAUCACAACGCCAACUACAGCUCCAUGCCCUCUCCGGAUAUGGACCAUUCAGACCGCAAGCACAAUGAUCAGAGCCGACGCCCACUCAGUGUGGCCACCGAUAAUAUGAUGCUGGAGUUCUAUAAGAAGGAUGGCAGCGUUAGGAAAAUUCAAAGCAUGGGGGUCAGGGUGAUGGACACUUCUUGGGUGUCGCGCAGGGGCUCGUCGUCAGCGCGUAAAAGCUCCUCCACGCCCCUAGGUGUACAGCCCCCCCUCCCACCCUCAGACGCUCUCAUACCUGAGCAGGGGGAGAUCUCUGCGUCCCCCUCCCCAACCCUUCCUCCCGCUAGCAGUGACCGUGCCAGCUCCGAUGACGCGUUGGACUCCUGUUAUGCCUACCCUUCCCCGGAAGAGGAGAGGCCCCCUCCCCCUUACCCCUCUUCCUCCUCUUGCUACCCGCCUCUUCACCAUUUCUACCCCCGAGCACCGCAGUGUGCGCGCCCUGUCGCCCCCGGUCCAGAGUCCGUGCCCCCUGGGCCAUCGCCCCCACCUCCCCCCCGCUGGUCUUGCUACAGCCCUCCCCCACUGCCCCCCUCUUCGUGUCCCUCUCCCUCCCUCCAGCAGCUUGAUAUAAACUCUAACCCCAAGCCCUGCUCCCUGCACCUCCCCAAACAGAGCUCCCUGGCCGAAGCUCCGCAUGCGCCCCCACCGUUAGAAACUAACGUCUCCCCUCUCUACAUCAAAAUCCCCCUCGUGCUAACCCGACACGACCCGUCCCUCGGUCCCCACACCUCUAACCUCCCCCUGUCCGCACCUCCUCCGUGGGCCGCCUGUGCCUGUAGCCGAGAGAGAGGAGCCAAGCUGACUAGUACUCUGAAGAACAAUGAGCUGUCUCCAGUGAUUGGACAGAAGGGCUUCCAGGGAACGGCACUCUCUGGUGGGCUGUCACAGCACUCUUCUGACCAUAGCCCUCACACCCUGAGAAGAGCUAAGAAGCUGGCCCCCAUCCCACCUAAACCCUACUCUCAGUCUGGGGGAAUGUCGGACCAGUCUACAGGUCAGCCGUCUCCAGUCAGCCUGUCCCCCACCCCUCCUAGUACCCCCUCCCUGUACGGCUUCAGCUACCCCCAGGGCUACGCCACCAUCGGCUCCCCGGGACAGGCCCAGACCGCCACCCCCUCUCUCUCCUCCCCUCCCUCGCUAGCCGGCACCCUCACCAAGGCUAGGCCCACUCCCAAGCCUCCUCGGCAGAGGCCCAGCCUACCCCCGCCGCAGCCCCCCAGCACCCCUGGCUCCAGCCCCCAACCUCUUGAGCACGGUGGCGGCCUUCUGGAUGGAUUGUCUCCUGGAGAGAGCAUGUCCACAGCGGUAUGAGGCGAGUGGUUCAAUAUGGGCUAAAUGUGAGAGGGCCUUUUAGGACUCUUUCUGCAACCUGGAUAUCCCCAUCAUUAACGUAGAACUGGAUGGCAUCUUUGAUGAGCCCAAGAUGGCCCCCUACAGGAACUCAGUGGCGGUUGUCCGGUCAACCCCUAAGGCCGAGUCAGAGGAAGAGUCUGAGAGCACGAUACUAUGACAUCACAAGUUUCCACGCCCAGCCCUAACUAUUCCAACCCGUCUCCAGGACCCGUUCUCUGACCUUUGACCCAAUGGGGACUCACUCCAGACCUCAUCUCCACCCAUAGAGACCAAGUACCACGCUCAGCCCUGUAAAUCAAAGUCCUUCUCCAAAAAAAUGUUAUAGACAUGAAUACAGAAAAUACCCAUAUCCACAUCCAGAGGGUUUCCGACUGAGACAAUGGGGGUUGAAACUUUUGAUUCAGAGAAAGGGACCGAAUGCUAGGUUUUUAUGUUGACUAGAUUCCAUUGAUUCUAUCUGGGGUGCAUUCAUUUUUAAGGAUUUAUUUAAAACAAUUUUGUUUAUACAUCUUUUAUUUUUGCCUUAUUUGAGUCAUUUGCAAUAUUGCCUUUAACUUACAAGACAUGAAAACAAGUGGCUUGGUGCAAUGGGUUCUCCUCUUGUGAGUGCGGUAGGAAAGGAAGGGGACAGGACAUCUCUGAUUUCCUCUCCCUGUCACCAAGGCUAUAGCAUUCCUUUUGACGCCUAAACCCAUUCUUGUACUCUUGAGUUCACUGGCAUUCUGGCAACCCCUUGUUCCGUCCUGGCUGAACGUGUAUGUGUGUUUGUGAAUUGUGUGAUGUGUUUGGAAAUGUGCUGCAUCAUUGAGUGGCGAGUUCUGCCAUAGUCUGUGAGUGAAAAUAUAAUUGGUACUGCAAGACCAGUUUGAGCUUGAAUUCGCAAUUCGCACAUUCUUCAAAGGGGGGUUUAAGAUUACAUUUAAGAUUACAUUUGGCUGGGAUAUUAUCCUGAUAUAUUAUCCUGAAGUUAAGUCAGGAUAAAAUAUGAUUGACUAUUUAAAAUUACGGUUUAUACUGUACAUUUCAGAGUAUAUGAUAUUAAUAGAGAUACAGGAGUUAUUAUGAGUCAUAUAAUAUAAGAAUUCAACCAUAGAGAUACAGAUAUUCUACUGUAUAUAGAACUAUAAAUACAGUAUACAGAUAUUAUAUAGUCUAGCAUGUACUUGACUGUACAUUAUCAUAGGAGAGGCUUGGAGCUCAGUGGGAGAAAUCUGCAUGUCUAUGUUGUAGUAGAGGGAAUAGAGCAUAGACACAGAAUAAACAGAAUACUUAUAAAUGGAUUGCUGAAUAGUGAGUAUGAGUGGACUUUACAGAUGUAGGAUCUUAAUUUGAUCACCCUGUUGCAGGAGAACUUUUCUUCAAUGUAGGAAUUUCUUUAACUUGAAGUGUAUUUGAGGUAUUACAAGGCUUCUGAAGUUUGUCAUUUCCACUUUGAAAUUUCAGACUUGAUUUUCCCUUACGAAAAAUGUAUCAACCCCUACAAAAACAUCCAUUAGUUAUAAUCCACAUAAUAAUUGACAUUUCCUGUUGCUGCAGGAUUUUUUUUUCCUGCUGUAGCAAACUGGCUCAAAUUAACACCCUUUGUCUGUAUACCUCCUCUCUGUGGUCUCUGUAACUCUGUUAAUGAGCGCCCUGAGACUUCUCUAGCAAGAGCCUGUCACUGGGGAGCCGGCUCAGCUGUUUGAAAGCAAAUAUUGGAAACUCUUCUGAGAGUGAGUGUGUAUAUGGGUGCAGUUCUGUGCCUGUGUGUGUGGGUGUAAUCCGGAAUAUAGGUACAUUUCUUCUGGUGCUAGAAUAUAUGUUUAUAUUCUAUCAUGCAGCGAAUGAGAAUAGGCUCUCAUUGAAAUUAUACAGAGGCUUCUGUUUCAGUCCCCCCAACACACAAUUUAAAAAAACAAUACUUUCACGAUGAGGAAUGUGAAGUAUUUCUUAUUGUGAUGCAAGUAUUUACUGUAUACCGAUGAUUACGGUGCAGAGGAGUUGGAUUGACAUCCACAGCACAAAAGACCAAUGGUCCAAUCGGUUUAUCCGGUGUUGGGGUUCAAAGGUGAGGCGCCCGCCCAUGACCUAUACAGACCUAUGACUUUUUCUCCUUCGAAAUGUUCCAUCCAUAACACUGAUUAUUGCCUGGAAGCCACAACAAACGCUGCCCUUUCAUGCACUUAUGUUCAAGUGCUAUAUGUUUUAUCCAUCACAACACUAUUGUAAAUACUGACGCCUCUGUAUAUGUGUGUGUAUAUAAAACAGGGGGAGAGGAUCAAAUAUAUAUUAAGAUAAGAAAAAUAUAAAUAUUGACUGAAAGUAUUUAUUUAUUGACAUGUCCGUGUUGUUCUGGUCCUGACCACAAUAUUGCCAGAUUCACACUUAACGAAAUGCAGUAAAGCUUUGCACGGUUAUCAGCCGCAAGCUUUAAAUAAUACCAUAUAACACGGACAUAGAUUAAAGGUUAAAUCUAUUUUCUAGGAUUGUUAGUGCAGAGUCAUCAGCCGGGAGCUUAAUAAUACAGUAUGUCUGAAUGGAAAGUGCUGCGUCACUGUGUGUUUCCACUAGUCGACAGCCUGACCAGUAGAGCUAUUGUAAGGGAUGUAUUUGUGAUUGUCAAUAGGUAAGUUAGAAGGGGACCACCAUCCCUACGAGGCAAAAAACAGUUGAGUCAACCUAGUUAUUCCAACCUUACAGUACAGAGUAUAUUCCCCAGUGUAGAAGACAAAUAUCCUCCCCUGAAAGCAAUAUAGUUCAACGCAAUGCUGAGUAGACAAUUCCAGAAGAAAAAUGUUGAAGUUCAAAAUGAUAAAAGAAAGUGCAAUUACAGUAUUUGUGAACACAGAAACAGAGAAACCUCAAAGAUGAAGGGGGUCCCACUCUCUUUAAAAUGAUUUGAAGUUUUUUACAGUUUAUAUUGAUGUUUUAUUGCUUUUGUCUUUUGUAUCAUUACUUGCAACAAAUGCCAACCAUGGCAUAUGAUUUUGAGGAUUCAAAAAAUUAUAAAAUAGACUAAAUUGCAUUAACAUUUUUGAAGGCUGUUCUUACAAUUUGGAUGUUGAACUGAAUGUUCAGUUACGUGUCUAUCUGGACUUCUGUCUGUGGUGAUAAUGUGCUGUUCUGUUGCUGUUCUGUAAAAGGGGUUGUCUUCUUUUUAUGAAGUGAUGGUUUGUACAUAUUUAUUGAACACACAACUUUAUUAUUAAAAGCAGAAAUCCUGUGUACCAAGGGCAGUUGUUGGUAAGAGAGAUUCCUCAAACUAUUUCCACUGUUACAGUUUUUCUAAGCAUGUCUGUUGAGUUACUGUAAGAGAAAAGGCCUUUUUUUAAAUGAAUAGGUGGAAUGUACUGGUGACUAUUUGGACUGUUUGCCUCAGGUUGUUUUUAGGGGGAAUUCUCUGUGUUGUGGAUGUAGUUUUAACAGGAUGGACAGAUGUUUGGUAGUGAUGUGAAUAGGCUUGGGGGUUAUGACUAGACAUUGUCCCACGUGUGAAAAUCAGCAGCAUGCUUUGUCAUCAUGCUUGUGAAAUUACCUUUGGUCCUAUUUACCUGUCCUUGUCAUGUUUAUUUUUAUAUGUGAAAAGAAAAAGGACCUUGCAAUGCAGGUAGAAUUAUUCAGUUCUGCCCUAUCAGUUUAUCAGUCCACAGUUCCUGUUUUGCAUUUUUGUUGAGCUACAACUUUUCAUCCAGUCAAUCAACUAUUCACCAAGCAGAGUCACAUCAAUAUAUGAAGUACUGUACAUCUAGAAGCAUGGCUUAAUAAUUGCCAAACUUAAUGACUUAAUACAACUCGGAGACAAUAUAGCAUCCAACUUCUAGCUUUUUUUGCCUAAUGAGUCAGGAACAGAUUGACAGUGAAACUGAAUGGAUGACUGGCAGUGUAUUUAUUUUUGUCUGCAAACGUUGAGUUAUUCUCUGAGGAUAGCCUUAUAUAGGCAUAAAUCAAUCCCCUUAUCCAUCAGAUGAAAAAACCCUCCUGCUUCAUAUUAGGCAAAACAAAGAUACACCUUUUUUGGUUGGCCAAUCAGCCAAGCCUGAAUAAAUGUGGGAUAAAACACACCUGGUUUGCCUCUGAACAUUUGUAAGUUAUGACACUGUGGUGCAUGCAGCUAUUGUUUGGUAAGAAAGUACCUUUUAAUAAAUCUUUUUGCAUAGUUUAUGUUCAAGUAAUAAAUUAACACAAGGGGGUCAAAAUAAAAUGGAAGAUUGAUGCUCCAGAGAUAUUGCUUUUAGAUAUAAAGGCUCUACAGUACUAUGUCAAACUGCAGUGACAUUGGGGACACUAAAAUAAAGAGAGGGGACAUACUCCCUCCCAGUCACAGAGUGGAACAAUGGACAUGUCCUGUAAGAUCAAAAACAAUGCUCAUCAGAAUGUUGAAACUAUUAAAAAAUGUUUUUUUUAAAUGUG